UUUUUUUUUUCUUCAUGAAUAUCAACUGUUUGUUGUUUAACAAUUAAUUUGUUUUUUUUUCUUCUCUUUCACUGUCAUUACAUUAUCAUUAAAUUUUGUUUAUUUUCUCUGUCUCUCAAUAAUUUAACUAUUUCAUCAUCUUGAUGUUUGAUGAAAAUAUGCCCAGAUUAUCGCCAAGAUCCCAACUUGAACAGGAGAAAAGGAUUAGACGAGAAAUUGCAAACAGCAAUGAAAGACGACGGAUGCAAAGUAUCAAUGCUGGUUUCAAUUCUCUUCGUACUAUGCUACCUAAACACGAUGGGGAGAAAUUAAGCAAGGCGGCAAUAUUGCAACACACAGCUGAGUACAUUUAUCAACUUGAACAGGAAAAGACACGAUUACUACAAGAGAUUUGUCAAUUGAAACGAUUAUAUUCAACACAAGGUAGUACGGGAGAGAAUGAUGGGUCUGCUCAAAAUGUUCCUCCAAUGAAAAAGAUUAAAAUUGUUAAUACUGGAAUAAUCGAAUCAACCAAUUCAGAUUCUUCUGAUGAAGGUAUCCAAUGUCAACCAAGUUCUCGGACAACCACAACACCUACAACAACCAAUUCGGGUACUGAAAGUGAAUUAGGUGCCGAAGAAUUAAAAAAUGAAAUGGUCGAAGUAAGAAAAGUGUUAGACCGAGAAAGACGUUUGCGGAUGCAAUUAGAAGAUCAAGUGAGGGCUCUUGAAGCUCAAUUAUAUCCUGAAAAAAUCAAAGAGAUAGCUCAACAAGUUCAAUUACAGUUCAAUACAAAUCCUGAGGACAGCCAUAUUUCCGCCAGUGAAGAAACAGCUGCUGCUGUGUCUUCUGUUGUUAAUGAUGAAAUUGUUGCCGAAACAAUUGAAAUUGAGACACAUAGUUGUCCGGAAAGUCCACUUCACCAAACAACAUUUGUUAUUCAAACAGCACCACAACCAUCAAGUAAUCCUAAUUCAUCACCUCCCAGUCCGACCGGAGUGGAAACACCGCAGGACUUAUCAACUAAAACAGUUAAAGUUGCAUCUAUACCAAUGACAACGACAUCAAUCAAGGCAAAUCAAAAAUCUGCUCAACCUGCCGCCAUCGCCCUUCCCAUUGAUGUACCUUUUGUGGGCAAUGAAUCAGGUAACAGUGGACCAACAACGGUAACCUUACGAAUCAUAGGUUCAAUCGGAGAUGCAACAGCUCGAUUAGAAGCUAAUAUUCCCAACAAUACAACUUCACGUCAAAACCUCGAUACCAUAGUUGAAGCUAUUCGUCAUCUAGAAGGUGACCAUUUAUUUCGAGAUGACAUUAAGUUAGUAACGGCGGCAGUUUCUCAUCCCAUUUAACCAUUUAAAAGGAGAAACUUAAAUCAACCUAUUCAAACCAACGCGGGAGUAUCAAGAUGAAUUACAUCAUGUGCUUGACCUUAAAAAUCUCCCUCUCUCUCUCUCCACAAUGAGAGAUCACGACGCUGUUGUUUUCCCUUUUUUUCACAAUAUAACCUUUUUUUUGUUUUCUUUUUUUCCUGCCCAAAGAAAAGUGCGUGGAGAAAUUUAACUUUAUCCCCUGUAUAAAGACAAAGAAUUUUUUUUCUUGAUACAAAAAUCUUAGUUGAAUGUCAAAACAAAAUGACCCUUACCAGAGGUUUAUUCACUAAAAGACUUAUUUGUGUACACCAAGGCAUAUAUACAUAUAUACAUAGUUGUCUCCAAUACAUAAUCUUCACACCAUCGCAUCAUUGAAAGCCCCGCAGACGACCAAUAGCAUGAUGCCAAUAAGAAAAAGUAACACAAGAGAUCCAAAGGAAAAGGUGCACUUCUUAUGAGAAGCCAAUAUAUUCAACGAAAUUAAGAUGAUUAACACUAGUAAACAAAACGUUAAAAGAUUAGUGUCACUGGAUCAGGACAAUAUUGUUUUCCCUCUGCCUCUCUCCCGGUUGCAUGUGUUAGAGGCUGGUCCUCAUAGAUGAUUACCAUUGGGCAAAUCAUGUGAACCUCUAUUGUUAUUAUUUGUUGAUUGUUAUCCAAUCAAGAAAAGAGAGCCCAGGAUCGUCUGUUGGUUGUGUUAUUUUCUUUUCUGUGGCAAAUUUUCUCUUUCUUUUUCUCCUCUUCCAACACCAACUAAGAGAUCAGCUGAUAAUUUUUCCUCUAGAGGCACGACAAGAGGAUCAAAAGCGAACAGAGAAUCUCAAGUGGAUAUUUUCAUCACAAAAAGAGAAAUCACUCUCUGGGCCCGAAAGAUUAUCAUUUUCAUCUUCAUUUAUCAUCUACAAACCAUCAUCAUCAUUAUCAUCGUCAUAAAAUAAAUUGCAUGACUUAUUUCAAUGAAAAUUCAAGCAAGAGAAGCAAAAAACACUAAGAUAAUAAUUUGUAUAAACUUGUAACUUAAAUGAAAAGCGCAUUUUUUUUGUUGUACCCUUCACGUCCAAGAGUGUCGUCGUCGUUUCGAGCCUAAUAUUACCAACACUAUUGCCCAAACAUCAUCAAUAAUCAAUGGAUACAAACAGUUAACAAUGUUACCUAUGAUUCAUCAGCUGAUUGUUCAAAUAAUUGUCAUCACUUAAAAUUUACAGUUUUUAUCACCCAAUGGGUUUACCUAUUCAAAUUAUAACUUUCUCUCUCUCUCUCUAUUUCUCCCACUCUCUAUUUCAAACUUGAUUGUCUUUUUCGUCCUAUUUCCUCCUCACAUAUUCUUUUGAUCAAAAUCUAAGUGAUUUAACAAUUAACUUCAACAAAAGUUCAUCAAUCAGCUGUGUUGUCAUCUUUUCAACAACAACAACAUCAAACCUUUCGUCACCAAUCAUCUUAAUUGUCAUAACCAUCACCAUUGAUUAUUAACACAAGACAAAUCAAUCAGCGGAAAUUGGUACAUAUAAAUGAUGUUAAUUAUGGGCCAAUGAAAUUUGUAAAAUCAACUAAUUAAAAUGACCGGAUCUCUAAUUGUGAACAGAUCCCUUCGGUGCCUCUUUCCCAAGAUAAUAAAAAAAACCUUCACAAUCUAAAAAUAAUUAAAAUUUAAGUAAUCAACAUAUGA